AUGGACAGAAGCUACCUCACGAUGCUCAGGCACAUUCCGGUUCCACAAGAAGACGUUGACUUCUUUUCAUCUUUUCCCUUUGUGAGCCCAUACCUCUCCAAGAAGAGCCGUUAUCAGCCUGUACCUUUCCUGACGAGACACAAAAUCACUCCGAACGACACUUCCGACCUGUUCUUUUCCAAAACCAUCAACAGCCACGACACCAUCCCGCGAAUGCUUGCCUUGAUGCGAAAGGAGGAUCUGCAACAUCCAACUCCUCAGACUACAACAUCUGUAGAUACUCCUGCUCAGGGUCCGCAAGAUCCGUACUUUGUCGUGUUUGCGCAGCUUGAGAGUGGCGUCAACGGAUACCGGGACACUCUCCAUGGCGGUGUCCUGGCUUCCCUGUUCGACGAGGCAUUAGGUCUAUGUGUGGAGGGUUGUCGAGAGACUGGCUCUCCCGGAAAAUCAUGGCUGCUCACAGCAAGUUUGGAGGUUAACUAUCGCUCUGCUGUCACAACGCCAUGCAUCGUACUCAUCAAGACGUGGCUGGAAAGGACAGAAGGGAGAAAGUGGUUCCUGAAAGCACAGCUUUUAGACCAGGACAACUCGGUGAAAGCUGAAGCCAGGACACUCUAUAUAAGCUCAAGAAAUCAUGCUUCGCUGUGA